CUACGUGCUUAGUUCGGUGUGACUUGGUGUAUAAAAGGCGACGCGUCGCGAGAUUGGCGCUGCAGUUCCCGACAGAACCAGGAGCGAGGUCAUUUUGCAAAGUUUUUUCAAAGUUUUGGACGUUACUUUUGUUGAAAGAAAAGGAAGGCAAAAUGAGUCUGUCGGCCGCCGAUAAGAAGCUUGUUCAGGAGUCUUGGGAUAAAGUGUCCAAGCCGUCCUUCGCUGACGCCGGGGAGAGAGUGUUCCUCAAGCUGUUCCAGAGGAACGAGUCCACCAAGGCGCAUUUCAAGAAGUUUAAGGACAUCCCUUCCGACCAACUCGCCGGCCAGGCCGUGGUUCGCGACCACGGAGAGAAGGUGUGUAAGGUGCUGGACGACUUUAUCAAAGGUCUAGACGGCAGUGGGGACGAGGCUGUGAAGAAGGUCGGACGUAUGCACAAAGGCCUGGGGAUGUCUAACGAGCAGAUUGACCAAAUGAAGGGAGCCAUAAUCGAGGUGCUGGCGGAUGCUGGGUUUGGUGAUGCCAAUUACAAGGGAGCUUGGGGCAAACUGUGGGACCGCUUCAUGGCCGUCCACCGCGCAGCCUACUAGUUGCGCCCCCUUUCGUGGCCUUGGAGAAACGCAAGGACCCAACGAAGUGCCUUUUAGCGAUUGUUAUUUGCAGCUUAUAUCUCAGUAAUAACGCAGAAUUUAAACUAAAGUUUAAGAACAUCUAUUUUCCCCAACUGUUAUGUCUAUUCACUCCAUGCACUAUGACCUAUAAGCCCCACAACUUAUACAAAGUCAAAUGUAAUGGCGGCAGACUUGUCAACAGUACUUGGUCUUGAUGUAAAUGGGGUUACCCUCUUUGAAAUGUAAUUGCAAAAUUGAUUUGAUUAUAUGAAUGAUGAUAUCCCCCUUAACUGAUGCGCGCGUGCGAAUGAAAAAAAAAAGUUUGUUGUAUUCACUAUGAAACCAAAGUGGUCAAGAGACAUAAACAAAUGACUGAACAGAGACAAAAUAAGGUACAACGAACAAUGGGUUCUUCAUUUUUGACCUUGACUUUGGCAUUCUAUAACAUUGGUAUACAUUUUCUGAAAUGUUUCAAUCUACGGCUUUUGUUGUCCCUGUUGUAGCUGAUUUGUACAAUUAUCAGGAUGGUAAUUUUUUUUCUUCUUUUGGAAACGACCGAAAAUUGGCGCGUGCGUCAUCCGUACAAUCAAAUCAACAAAUUCAGUUCAGUUCAGUUAUCAGAUGGCCUCAUAAAUUCCGUUCGCACGACUCUGUGCGCAUGGCAAGCAAGAGGUCUCUGUUCUGGAGGCCAACAUCAACAUGGCCUGAUAGUUAAAAACGAAAAAUGUCUAUGGUGUGGCCUUGUGGUGACCUUACAUGAGAAAAUGCACUUAUGCUCCCUUGGACACUUUCCUGAAAAGGUAGUUGUCUACCAGUUCCUUCUGGUAUGAUAUUAUAUCAUUGCACUGUAAAUCAUAUUCUGAAUAUCAGAAUGCUGAACAUUUUUCCAGUAACAUGUCUACAUUUGCUGAAUAAACGUUAUGCAUCUCCGCUUA